GGACAUGGGUCAUAGGAUGACAAAUGUUGGAGUCACCAAACAAGUCCUUCCUCUUCAUCCCCAUCUCAAGACCAACUGAUUACUUUUGAAUUAACUUAUUAGAGGUACAUUUCAUAAAGACAAAGGAAAAUGGAGCUCAUGUUCUUAAGGGCUAUGGUAUCUGGAAGAACCAACAGUCAGACAAAUGGAAAUGACUCGUACUAAAUGUAUCAAUAUGACUACCCAACACCUAAUGCGUAGCUGGUACUCAGCUGUGAAUGAACUGGCACUGUGAGCGAACUACUUCCUGGUUGAAUCAAUGAAGACUCUUCCUGUGGAUUUACAUGAAAUUAAUUCUGCGGAACUGAGCAUUUUGACUGGCUGUCCACAGAAGUGUCAUGAAAUAUAUGACUUAUUAUAGCUUCAAGAUGAUAAAAACCCUUUCAUUCUGAGUCUUUAAAAAAAAAUCUGGUAAGCAAGAAUAAGGAUGAUAAAGUUCGUGAAACCUCUCACCCACGUGCCACGGAAAAAUCUAUUCUUCACCAGGGUCCUCUUGCCCUAAGGACAGCAAAGGGAAGGAGCAGGAAAAAGAAGUGGUUUGAUCCCUGCAGUUUUUCCCAGCAAGAGAAGAUUGUCUCCCCUUGCAGAGAGGGAGGAAGUUUCCCUGGAUCAGUAGAGAUUAGAAAGAUUGUUGGGCGUGGCACACCUCCUGGGAAGGGGCUGGGGGCACACUGCCUGUCUCCACCAAGUCCAUCUCUAGAAUCAGUACUGUGGCCUUGAAGGGCUGUAGAACAUCACUCUUCUCCAGGCCGCACUCAGGCCCACAACCCCCUUCCCUCACUCAGAGUGACUACUCCGUUUCUUAGUCCCUGCUGUUGCCAGGAACGAUUACAUGGACUAAGCCAGGAAAGUAGGCCGGGUGACUGCAGGCCUACUGCUUGGAGCUGGAGCCUGCUGUUGGACCUAUAGACUGACUCGGGGAAGAAAACAAAGGAGAAAAUGGCGGAGGGUGGCUCUGGGGAUAUGGACGAUGCUGGGGACUGUUCUGGGGCCAGGUAUAAUGACUGGUCAGAUGAUGAUAAUGAUGAUGAUGACAGCAAUGAGAGCAGGACCAUAGUGUGGUACCCUCCUUGGGCCCGGAUUGGGACUGAGGCUGGGACCAGAGCUAGAGCCAGAGCAAGGGCGAGGGCUAACAGGGCUCGUCAAGCUGUCCAGAAACGGGCUUCCCCUAAUUCUAAUGAUACUGUUCUGUCCCCUCAAGAGCUACAGAAAGUACUUUGUUUGGUUGAGAUGUCUGAAAAGCCUUACAUUCUUGAAGCAGCUCUCAUUGCUCUGGGUAACAAUGCUGCUUAUGCAUUUAACAGAGAUAUUAUUCGUGAUCUGGGUGGUCUCCCAGUUGUUGCAAAGAUUCUCAACACCCGGGAUCCCAUUGUUAAGGAAAAGGCUUUAAUCGUCCUAAAUAACUUGAGUGUGAAUACCGAAAAUCAGCGCAGGCUUCAGAUAUAUAUGAGUCAGGUGUGUGAUGAUACAGUCACGUCUCGCUUGAACUCCUCUGUGCAGUUGGCUGGACUCAGAUUGCUCACAAAUAUGACUGUGACUAAUGAGUAUCAGCACAUACUUGCUAAUUCCAUUUCAGACUUUUUUCGCUUAUUUUCAGCAGGAAAUGAAGAAACUAAACUUCAGGUUUUGAAACUUCUUCUGAAUUUGGCUGAAAAUCCAGCCAUGCCUAGAGAACUGCUUAGGGCCCAAGUACCAGCUUCACUGGGUUCCCUUUUUGAUAAGAAAGAGAACCAAGAGGUUAUUCUUAAACUUCUGAUCAUUUUUGAGCACAUAAAUAACAACUUUAAAUGGGAAGAAAAUGAACCUACUCAGAACCAGUUUGGUGAAGGUUCACUCUUUUUCUUUUUGAAAGAAUUUCAAGUGUGUGCAGAUAAAGUUCUGGGAAUUGAAAGUCACCAUGAUUUUUUGGUGAAAGCAGAAGUUGAAAAAUUCAUGGCCAAACUGGCCGAGCACAUGUUCCCAAAGAAUCAGGAAUAAUUUGUUGACUUUGUUGUUGAGAAGUAACACACAGUGUAAACUAUUCCUUUUCUCUACCUUGUUUAUAUGGAAAAGGAAUUCUUUCAGCUGCCAAUUUUGACUAGUGAAUACCAUAUUGUAUCAUCAUUGCUGAUAUUUAACCAAGUUGGUCUUCAGGUUUAAGCUGGGUGAAUGAGUAUCACUACUUGUUCUGAAAACAUGUUUGUUGCUUUUGAUCUCGUUACUAUCUGCAUAAGUGACAGUGACCCAACUCAUCAUAAGCUUUUUUCUGUCCUUUGCAGUGAUGUAAUUUGUGUAUCAUCAAUAGACGUGUCUGUUAAUGCUAGAAAGGAAAUAAAAGGAACAGAGAAACUA